GGAUAUCCGGUUCCUUCGGGCGCUCAAGGAGCUGACGGAGAGGGCCGCCGCCCAGCAGUAGACGCUGUCUCAGCCAGCCGAGCCGCCGUCUCCGCGGUGUGUGAGUGAGCCCGGGCUCGGUCCCCUCUCCCGCCGCCGCCAUGGGCUGCACGUUGAGCGCCGAGGACAAGGCGGCGGUGGAGCGGAGCAAGAUGAUCGACCGCAACUUGCGGGAGGACGGAGAGAAAGCGGCCAAAGAAGUGAAGCUUCUGUUACUCGGUGCUGGAGAAUCUGGUAAAAGCACCAUCGUGAAACAGAUGAAAAUCAUUCAUGAGGAUGGCUAUUCAGAGGAAGAAUGUAAACAAUAUAAAGUAGUUGUCUACAGCAAUACUAUACAGUCCAUCAUUGCAAUCAUAAGAGCCAUGGGACGGCUAAAGAUUGACUUUGGGGAAGCUGCCAGAGCAGAUGAUGCCCGGCAAUUAUUUGUUUUGGCGGGCAGUGCUGAAGAAGGAGUCAUGACUCCAGAACUAGCAGGAGUGAUUAAACGGUUAUGGCGAGACGGUGGGGUGCAAGCUUGCUUCAGCAGAUCCAGGGAGUAUCAGCUCAAUGAUUCUGCUUCAUAUUACCUAAAUGAUUUGGAUAGAAUAUCCCAAACCAACUACAUUCCAACUCAGCAAGAUGUCCUGCGGACAAGAGUGAAGACCACAGGCAUUGUGGAAACGCAUUUCACCUUCAAAGACCUAUACUUCAAGAUGUUUGAUGUAGGUGGCCAAAGAUCAGAACGAAAAAAGUGGAUUCACUGUUUUGAGGGAGUGACAGCAAUUAUCUUCUGUGUGGCCCUCAGUGAUUAUGACCUUGUUCUGGCUGAGGAUGAGGAGAUGAACCGAAUGCAUGAAAGCAUGAAACUGUUUGACAGCAUUUGUAACAACAAAUGGUUUACAGACACUUCAAUCAUUCUCUUCCUCAACAAGAAAGACCUUUUUGAGGAAAAAAUAAAGAGGAGUCCAUUAACUAUCUGUUAUCCAGAAUACACGGGUUCCAAUACAUAUGAAGAAGCAGCUGCUUAUAUUCAGUGCCAGUUUGAAGAUCUGAACAGAAGAAAAGAUACCAAGGAGAUCUAUACCCACUUCACCUGUGCCACAGACACCAAGAAUGUGCAGUUUGUUUUUGAUGCUGUUACAGAUGUCAUCAUUAAAAACAACUUAAAGGAAUGUGGACUUUACUGAAGAGGGUUGGAUGUUAAUAAAAGUUAUUACAGUGUGGAGUGUUGAGACCAGACUUCUUUUGCUGUCUCAUUGGGCAGCCCCAAGCAUGACCGGGACCAGGGAAUGGCAGCAGCAUGCAGAAUCUUAGCACUCUUUAGCACAAUCUUCUGUAUUAGGGAACUCUUAAUUGACACGAGAUGCUAAAGUCAGACAUUGGAAUUGGAACAGCUGUAAAGUAUGAUUCGAUCAUCAAGACAUCACUUGGAUUUCAUAAUCUCAAACGUUUAGGGCCGAUGUGGAGUUGAGGUGCUGCAUUCCAGAACUUUAAUAUGUAGCUUACUCUUUUUUUCCUUCUUAACAAACCACCAGUAGUUCAUUUUUAAACUUUUUUUUUCAUCAAGAGAAUAACAUGACUAAAUUUUAUUUCUUUGUUUGCAAAAGAAUCUUUAUUAAAACACAAUCUUAACUAUGCACAUGAUGUGGCCAGAUCAUCUUGAAAAUUUUCCUCUUAGUAGGAACUCUUUGUUUUUAACUUUUGGUAUGGUCAGAACAUAAUACUUCCAUAAUUACUUAAUUCUUUAUGGUUAUUGGGGCUAUGAUUAUAGCUUUUUUGGAUGAAAUUUAUGUUACUCUCCUGUUCAAAGUACCAUUAUGGUUUCUAAAUGGUAAUUACAUUGGAGAGUUCUGUAAUAAGAUUCUAGCUCUCUAACUUUUGUUUAAGCUUACGGUUUAGGUUAAUCUGGUUUGUGCUGAUUACCAAAUUACUAGGUAAAUGCUGAUGUAGUAUGUAAAGUUAGCUUCUUGGAUACAGACACACCCAGGGCAGCUGUCGAUUAGAAAUGCAAAUUGCUAAAUUCCAAACAGAAACAGUGACUUUGCUGCUACAGAUCUUCUAAAUUGACCCCUUUGGUUCUUGCUUGUUUGUCUCAGUCAUAGGGAGUUCUGUAAAAGAUGCCCCUUGUUUUCCAUCUCCAUGGCCUUUUCUGUUGGGAGACAUCUAAAGUGUAUUAACAAUGCAUGCUUUUACUUUGUAAAUGUGGUGCCAAAUCCCUGUUUGCCAUUGUUUUUAUUGUAGCAAUGUUAAUUGUAGUAAUCCUUAGUCAGUACCUUCUUUUGCCGAAACUAUUGCAUUUUGGGACUUUUUCCACUAUGUUGUGUGUACAGAUUUUAAUCUGUUAUAGUUGGCAGCAGUAUUAAAAUGGUGAGUAAAGAGUCCAGGUUUGUUCCUGUUUGUAACUAGACCUUUCUGGAAAUAUUUUGUUCUGUUUCUUUUUGUCCCUGCUGAAUGUGCUUUGGCCUUUGUCUGAGAAUGGGUUUAGGUAGAGGGUUCCCUGAAGGGCUAGUCUUUUGGUGUAAUGGUAUUGUUGAAUCUUGGCCUGACUGAGGGUCUUAUGUCCUAUCUGUGUAAGUGACAUUCAGUCAAUCCAUUUUCCAGGUUUACAUUUUGGUUUUGUGGAGAGCUUUAUUCACCUCAGCCUGCAGUCCUUUUGUAUAAUGUACAGCAAAUGUCCUUAAAUACUGAAUGGGCCUUUGGGGGAAGGCAGAUGAAGAGAAUGCAUUUUGAGCAUUCCAAAUCAGCAGUUUGAGCAGUGCCUUUUGGGGUCCAGUCUUUUUGGAUUGGAUUCUAUGUCAUCUUUUGAUGUUACCUUUUACUAGUUUAAAACAAAACAAAAAGGUUGGUGGUCAUCAAAGCUGGUUCAGAAAGCAAGCCACAGCAGUUCAGUGCCUUUAUUGGAAUUUUUUUUUCUUAUUCUUUUUGGAAAAGUGUAACUAUGCAGAUGGUAUAACUGUUAUUGUCUAAACAGUUGUUUUUUUUUUAGGGUUGGGAAAACUGGAUCUAAAAGAAAAUGAUCAGCUUCAAUUGGUGAUUAACUUAAUGCCCACAUAAGUUGAUAGUUCUUGUUCCUUUUGAAUAUAUCUUUUCCUUACUGUAUUCUGUGAUAUAGGAUCAUCUGGAAAUGAGAACUGGUGGAAUAUUGUUUUAACUGUAGUCUUUCUGUAGUCAGGGCUAAUGGGAUGGUAUUGUUGAUAAUCCAAAAUAACAAAUAAUCUAAGUAAGUUAAUUAUACUUGGAAAUGCACUUUGUAUUUUCAUUUGAAUACGUCUGUUACGUUCAUUUUUUAGCUUUUCUGUUAAUGAAAAAUAGUAGUUCUCCACUUUUCUGCCUUUAUACCAUAUACCUUUGUUCUAUAUUUACAUGAAGAUCUCACCCCCUACCCUACCAUUCCAUGUAACUUAUUUAAAUGCACAUUCCUUGAGGAUACAGGGACACAAUUCAAGCCAGAGGUUUUCAAGUAUGCCUUAAGUCAAAAUCACCAGGAUCCAUCUCGGCAAUUAACUCUUGGCGGCUGGUGGGCUAGUGAUCUAUAAUUUUAUAAAAGGUGAUUCUGAUCAUCAGCUUUGCGAAUCCCUGCUGUAUUUUGAAAUAAAAGAUCUUUUCUCAUAGCAGAGCCAGAGUGCGGGGGUGAGACAUCAUGUGUAUUACGCUGGAGAAAAAGGAUUGAUAUUUGUAAUCAAAGAAACUAAAAGUUGCCUUGUAUCUUUUCUGCAGAGAAUGCUGGAGGUUUGUGAUGGACCACAUUUCAGUAUUCAUGUGGCCAGGCCUUGGACCAUCUAAGAAACCAGCACAUAUAAGAAAAUUAAACUUUAAUGAAUAAAGAACAGUAAAUAGACCCUAGUAGGAAGGACUACAACAAUAGCUUUAUUUUGAUGACAGUCACAUCUUAACCUGAUUAAAACCUUGGGCUGUAAAAAAAUGCCAUUCAUUAGGCUCUAUGUAAAGAGGAAGUAUUCUUGAUGGCCAUUCUUCCCCAAUCAUAUAAUUCAGACUUGCGAAAGAUUUCACCUCCUGGC